CACGUGCGUCUUGAAAUUGUUGAUAAAAUAUUAUUCCGCAGGCUUUUAAAAAAAAGAAAAGCCUUAAUUUUUACUUAAAUUAUCUUCCAAAAAUCCACUAAAAAUGGGUAAAAAGACCAAAGUUGGAAAGGCCCGUAAAGAUAAGUUUUAUCAAUUAGCUAAAGAAACUGGUUUUCGUUCACGUGCCGCCUUCAAGUUAAUUCAACUCAAUCGCAAAUUCGGUUUCCUCCAACAAUCUCAAGUAUGCAUAGAUUUAUGUGCUGCCCCAGGCGGUUGGAUGCAAGUUGCCAAACAAAAUAUGCCCGUUUCUUCGAUUGUUGUCGGUGUGGAUUUGUUUCCAAUUCGUCCAAUUCCCGGAUGCAUUGGUUUAGUUGAAGAUAUUACAACAGAAAAAUGUCGAACAUCUUUGACAAAAGAACUGCAAACAUGGAAAGCCGAUGUUGUGUUGCACGAUGGUGCACCAAAUGUUGGUAAAAAUUGGCUUUUCGAUGCUUAUCAACAAAUUUGUUUGACUUUGAAUGCUUUAAAAUUGUCUACACAAUUUUUAAGAGGUGGUGGAUGGUUUGUUACAAAAGUUUUCAGGUCUAAAGAUUACAAUGCUCUUUUGUGGGUCUUGAAACAACUUUUUAGAAAAGUUCAUGCCACUAAACCAAGCGCUUCUCGUAAAGAAUCCGCUGAAAUAUUCAUUGUCUGUCAGGGUUAUUUGGCUCCAGACAAGAUCGAUGGACGUUUGUUAGAUCCCAAGUAUGUUUUUGAAGAACUCGAUUUAGAGGGAAAGAAGAAGAGCAGUCUUCUUCAUCCCGACAAGCAAAAGCGCAUUAAAGCUGAGGGCUACACAGAGCAGGAAGUGGCUCUUCGAAAUGACAUGUCUGUGAAAGACUUUAUGGAGAGCUCCAGUGGUUUGGCAGCUUUGCAGGGAAUCGGUAGUAUAACCGUCAAUGAUCAGGCGGUCCUUAAUCAUCCCAGAACCACGAAAGAAAUCUUGGAAUGUUGUAAAGACAUUAAAGUUCUUGGCAGGAAGGAUAUCAAGGGUCUCUUGGCCUGGUGGAAAGCUGUCAAAGAAGAUCUAUUCAAAAAGCCUGAGGAGACAGAAACUGCGGUGAUUGAGGAGGAAGCACCAGCUAAACCCCUGACCGAGGAAGAAAUCCAGGAGUUGGACAUGGAGCAGUUGGAUAAACUUGUUCACACUUUGGCCGAUGAGGAGAAGAAGGAUCUGAAGAGGAAGAAGAAGAAGACACAAAAAGCCAAAACCAAGUUGAAUGAGAAGAUGAAUCUUAACAUGGUCAUUAAAGGCGACGAAGGACCGAGGGAAGCCUUUGAAGAUGAAGUUUUCGAACUGAAACAGAUUAAAAAUGCUGGUGAACUCGAUGCCAUGUUGGAUGUAGUUCCAGAUUUCGAUGUCGAGGGUCCAGAGAUGGAAAGGGAGAAGCUUCCCAAAUACAAGAGAUAUGAGAAGGAUGACCAGAGGAUGAAUGAUGAUGCUCAGUAUGAGAAUGACAGUGAACCCGAUGUCGCCGAGUCGGAUUCGGAGAGUGAUCUGGAUAAGGAAGGUCUUGGUUUGAGUGGCGAGGAAGAUGACGGAGAGAAGGGAGGGAAAAAAUCGAAGAAAAAUAAGAAGAAGCGUGAUGAACAUCCUCUGAUUAAGUCGGGAGAUUUCAGAGAUAAGGACACUAAGAGACAACAGAGGGUGCAAUUGUGGUUUGAGAAGGAGAAUUUGCAAAAGGUUGACUCUGAGGAUGAUGAAGACUAUGAUUUGGAUCGUUUGGCAACAGAAUACAAAGCCAAAGGAGUGGCUGUGUUGGGAGCUGACAGUGAACCGGCAGACAAUGGAACGAGAGUUUUGGGGAAGAAGGCUAAGCGCAAGGCAAAAUAUGCAGCCGAGAAGGAAUCAUCCAGUUCGGAAAGUAGUGAUUCGGAAGAGGAAAUCACUGAGGAGAAAGUCAAUGGAGAUAUGAGCAAGGAACCAAAAAUAAAGAAAAUCCGUCUAUCCGAAGAGGAACUUGCUUUAGGUGCAAUGUUGAUAAAAGGAAAGAAAACCCGUCGUGACUUGGUGGACAGUGCUUGGAAUCGUUAUGCAUUCAACGAUGAAAAUUUACCAGCAUGGUUUGCCACAGAUGAGGACUUGCACAUGAAGAAGCCAAUUCCGGUGCCUAAAGAAAUCGAAGAAGAAUACCAACGAAAGGUUGAAGAGCUGAAUGUUCGUCCAAUUAAGAAGGUUAUGGAAGCAAAGGCUAGAAAGAGGCGUCGUGCUACUAGGCGUUUGGAAAAGGCAAAGAAGAAUGCCGAGAAGAUAAUGAAUAAUGCCGAUGCAAGUGCACAAGAAAAGUCGAGACAAUUGAAGAAGAUUUAUAAGAAGGCAGAAGAGAAGAAGAAGGAUUUGACAUAUGUGGUUGCGAAGAGACAUUUGUCUGGAAAGAGAGUGAGACGACCGGCUGGUGUAAAGGGACGUUUCAGGGUUGUCGAUCCAAGGCAGAAGAAGGAUAAGAGGGCAGUGAAAACAAAGGCGAAGCGUGAGAAGAAGAGGAAGUGAGGGGAGAAUGGAAUGUUAACAUGGGGAAUGUUGUAGAUUUUGAUUAAAUAUAUUUUUUAGAAAUUAAAUAAAAAAUG